UAACGUUUAUAUUUUUAGCCCGAGCCUGAUCGAGUCUCAAACUGCGCUCUGUAGUGUAUACGAGUGCACUAUGUAGGGCGUGAAGGCACGACUGUUACACCCUACAUAGUGCACUACAUAGUGAGCAGCGAGCCGUUUGAGAUGUGACCCGCUCCGCCUAGCAAAAGACUGCAGCCUAACUUUCAGUGACGCGAUGUCUGCUAAAGCCAUCUCGGAGCAGACGGGGAAGGAGUUCCUGUAUAAACACAUCUGCACGACGGCGGCUGUCCAGAACCGCUUCCUGUACGCCACCGUCACAGCUGAAACCGACUGGGAGCGACUGGCACAGGACCACCCAUGGCUCCUCACUCAGCGAUUGGUCGUGAAGCCCGAUCAGCUGAUCAAGCGCAGAGGGAAGCUGGGUCUGGUGGGCGUCGACCUCGACCUCCAGGGCGUUCGUGAUUGGCUGAAGUCACGUAUGAUGAAAGAAACUACAGUCGGAAAGGCGAAGGGAAUCCUGAAGAAAUUCCUGAUCGAGCCGUUUGUGCCGCACUCGCAGGAGGAGGAGUUUUACGUGUGUAUCUACGCCACACGUGAGGGAGAUCACGUGCUUUUCCAUCACGAGGGAGGCGUGGACAUCGGGGACGUCGACUCCAAAGCACAGCGCCUGCUGGUCGGCGUGGACGAGAAGCUCGACACGGCCGCCGUGACCGAGCAGCUGCUCACACACGUCCCUGAUGAGAAGAAGGAAGUUCUGGCCAGUUUUAUCGUCGGACUCUUUAACCUGUACGAGGAUUUGUACUUCACCUACCUGGAGAUCAACCCGCUCGUUGUCACGCAGCAAGGUGUGUACGUUCUGGACAUGGCGGCCAAAAUCGACGCCACGGCCGAUUUCAUCUGCAAACCAAAGUGGGGCGAUGUGGAGUUUCCUCCUCCGUUUGGCAGAGAAGCUUAUCCUGAGGAAGCCUACAUAGCAGAUCUGGACGCUAAGAGCGGCGCGAGUCUCAAACUCACCCUGCUGAACCCUCGAGGGCGCAUCUGGACCAUGGUGGCAGGAGGCGGAGCCUCCGUCGUCUACAGUGACACUAUCUGCGAUCUGGGUGGAGUGGACGAGCUGGCGAACUACGGCGAGUACUCCGGCGCUCCAAGUGAACAGCAGACGUACGACUAUGCCAAGACCAUCCUCUCCCUCAUGACCCGCGAGAAACACCCCAACGGUAAAGUUCUGAUCAUUGGAGGAAGCAUCGCUAACUUCACCAACGUCGCAGCUACGUUUAAGGGUAUAGUGAGAGCCAUUAAGGACUAUCAGGGUCCUCUGAAGGAGCAUGAGGUGACUAUUUUUGUGCGUCGAGGAGGACCGAAUUACCAAGAAGGCCUCAGGGUGAUGGGAGAAGUCGGAAAGACCACUGGGAUUCCCAUCCACGUGUUCGGCACAGAGACUCACAUGACCGCCAUUGUUGGCAUGGCGCUUGGACAUCGCCCAAUCCCGAAUCAGCCUCCGGUUGCCGCCCACACUGCCAACUUCCUGCUUAAUUCGAGUAGCAGUGCUGCGACUCCAGCAACAACCAGAACUGCUUCAUUUUCUGAGCACAGACCUAACUGCGACAUCACACCGGCUAAAAAGCCCAAACCCGGAGUUCCACCAGUGUCCUCUCUCUACCAAACUUGGUCAGUGAAGAGUGCAUGCAGCACCAGUGUCAAAGAGCACAAGAGCACAGCAGAGCGGAGCGGAGCGAAAGCUACCACUCUGUUCAGUAAGCACACUAAGUCUAUAGUGUGGGGGAUGCAGACGCGAGCGGUUCAGGGAAUGAUGGACUUCGACUACGUCUGUUCUCGUGACGAGCCCUCAGUAGCCGCCAUGGUUUAUCCGUUUACCGGAGACCACAAGCAGAAGUUCUACUGGGGUCAUAAGGAGAUCCUGUUACCCGUGUACAAGAACAUGGCCGACGCCAUGAAGAAGCACCCGGAAGUGGACGUCCUGAUCAGCUUCGCGUCUCUGCGCUCGGCCUUCGACAGCACUAUGGAGACCAUGAACUACCCGCAGAUCCACACCAUAGCGAUCAUAGCCGAGGGAAUUCCUGAAGCGCUGACGCGGAAACUCAUCAAAACCGCAGACGAGAAGGGGGUCACCAUCAUCGGCCCAGCUACGGUGGGCGGGAUCAAGCCCGGCUGCUUUAAGAUCGGGAACACCGGCGGGAUGCUGGACAACAUCCUGGCGUCGAAGCUGUAUCGCCCAGGCAGCGUGGCGUACGUGUCCCGCUCGGGCGGCAUGUCUAACGAGCUCAACAACAUCAUCUCUCGCUCCACGGACGGCGUGUACGAGGGCGUGGCCAUCGGAGGAGACAGGUAUCCCGGCUCCACGUUCAUGGACCACGUGCUGCGUUAUCAGGACACGCCCGGGGUGAAGAUGAUCGUGGUGCUCGGAGAGAUCGGCGGUACAGAGGAGUAUAAGAUCUGUGAGGGCAUUAAGGAGGGCAGAAUCACUAAACCUGUGGUGUGCUGGUGUAUCGGUACCUGCGCUACACUCUUCUCCUCCGAGGUGCAGUUUGGCCACGCGGGUGCGUGCGCUCAUCAGACCUCGGAGACGGCUGUGGCGAAGAACAUGGCACUGCACGAGGCCGGAGUUUACGUUCCCAGGAGCUUCGAUGAACUCGGAGACGUCAUCAGGACGGUGUAUGAUGAUCUGGUGGCGAGUGGCGUUAUUGUUCCAGCACAGGAAGUUCCCCCUCCCACAGUGCCGAUGGACUACUCCUGGGCCAGGGAGCUGGGUCUGAUCCGUAAGCCGGCCUCCUUCAUGACGAGUAUCUGCGAUGAGCGGGGACAGGAGCUAAUCUACGCCGGCAUGCCCAUCACUGAGGUCUUCAAGGAGGAGAUGGGCUUAGGAGGAGUUCUCGGCCUGCUCUGGUUCCAAAGGAGGUUGCCCCGUUAUGCGUGUCAGUUCAUUGAGAUGUGUCUGAUGGUGACGGCGGAUCACGGCCCCGCUGUAUCCGGAGCUCAUAACACCAUCGUGUGCGCCCGCGCCGGGAAAGACCUCGUCUCCAGCCUCACAUCCGGCCUGCUCACCAUCGGUGAUCGGUUCGGUGGCGCUCUGGACGCAGCUGCUAAACAGUUCAGUAAAGCGUUUGACAGCGGCAUGCUGCCCAUGGAGUUCGUCAACAAGAUGAAGAAGGACGGCAAACUCAUCAUGGGCAUCGGACACCGCGUCAAAUCAAUUAAUAAUCCGGAUAUGAGAGUGCAGAUCCUGAAGGACUUCGUGAAGCAGCACUUUCCCGCCACACAGCUGCUGGACUACGCACUCGACGUCGAGAAGAUCACCACCUCCAAGAAGCCGAACCUGAUCCUGAACGUGGACGGUUUGAUCGGCGUGGCGUUUGUGGACUUGUUGCGAACGUGUGGAGGAUUCACUCGAGACGAGGCGGACGAGUUUGUGGAAAUCGGCGCUCUGAACGGGAUUUUCGUUCUGGGACGCAGCAUGGGCUUCAUCGGUCACUACCUGGACCAGAAGCGAUUGAAACAGGGCCUGUACCGCCACCCGUGGGACGACAUCUCCUACGUGCUUCCUGAGCACAUGUCCAUGUGACCGUCAUGGCCGCCGUGCUUAAUUCGGAGUAUAACUCGGAGGUGGAGGGAGAAUGAAGUGCGCUAUUUAUAUUCACGUGAAAAUUAGGGAACACUUAUUUAACGUCCGCCGCUGCGUCUCACACACAUACACACACACACACACACACACACACACACUCCAACAGCAAGAACACUGCGAUGUCAUUACAGCCUGCUAACAUGCUAGCAUGAUAACUAACUGGUUUACUAACUAGUGUAACAACCAGCUGGUUUCAUAACUAACUAUGUGGCUAAUUACUUAACCUAAUAACUAUUUGUCUUACAAACAGGCUACCAAAUAACUAGUCAGCUUGUUAACUAGCUUCUAGUAGUUUCAUGACUAACUGUUUUGCUAAUUAACUAGCUCAAGAACUAGCAGACUUGCUAUCAAGCUACUAUGAUGAAUAGUCAGCUCGAUGACUAACUUCCUAUCAGUUUCCAUUCAGCUAGCAUAAUUACUAGCUGGUUUCAUACUUACCUCUUUUUGUUCCUUGAGUACUAGUAGGCUUGCUUACAAUCAUGAUAACUCACUAGCUGGUUUCAUAACAAGCUGUUUCACUAACUAACUGGAUUACACUAGCUAAUUGGAAGCUAGUUAUCACUUUGGCUACUGUGAUUACUAGGCGCUUUAAAAACUAACUUUUGCUAAUUACCAACCUUGACAACUAGCUUCCUUGAUAACUAGUGUAAUAACUAGCUGGUUUCAUAACUAACUACUUGUUUUGCUAAUUAUGUUAGCUAAUAGGAAGCUAGUUCUCAAGCUGACUAGAGUUCAUGGCAGCUUGUUAGCAAGAGUACUAGUUCUUAAGCUAGGUAAUUUGCAAAAAACAGUUCGUUAUGAAACCAGUUAGUAGGUACACUAGCCGAUAAAUGACAACUAGUAGUCUUGCUGACCAUGAUAACUAGCUGGCUUGAUAACUAGCUUAUUAUUUGCUAGUCUACUUUGAUAGCUAGCUAGCUUGACAAAUGUUUAGUGUUAUAAAUUGUGGAGCAAAGCAUUCUGGGUAAUUUUUGGUCUUGAAGUUCACUAGUGGACGAGGGUGCGUUUAAAAAGCAGGACUGGGACGCGGCCAAACUGCAAGAUAACUUUUUUUUUUUUUUUAAAGUUUUUUUUAGAUUUUUUUAGUUUAGCUUAUUAAUGAUAAAAUCAGGAAGAACCCGACACACCCACGCGCGCGCGCACACACACACACACACACAUUUGUCUGCUUUUCUCAGUAAUGAACAUAAUGAAAGCAGCUCACACACUCGCAACUCGUUACUGAAACUGGAAGACGAUUCAGUUUGACGUCUGCUGUUACUGUGUGUGUGUGUGUGUGUGUGUGUGUGUGUGUGUGUGAGUUUGAGUGUUUCAGUAAUGUGUUGAUGUUACAGCUUCCCUCUUCGCCUCAGUAACGGUUGUAUCUCCUUCACCAGCCUGCUGCAUGACCUGCCCUCCUUCUCUAAUCACACACACACACACACACACACACACACACAUCACUAACUGUUUAUUCUGGUGUUUGGGCGAGACUGGGAUUCUCCGCUACAACCCUGUUUUUAUGUUUCUGUAUUUAAAUGUGAAAUCAAGCAGCUUUUUUGCUAUCUUCUGUUUUCUUUCCUUUUUUUAAAAAAUAUAUGCUAAAAACUGUAAUAUUGUAGAAUAUAAUAAAGUCCUUCUUGGUUA